UUGCGUAAAACAAGAUAACAAACAUGGCGUCGCUUCCGCAGUAGCAGUGCAGUUAAACUUGAUCACUUUGUUCGGCGGGAUAAAUCCGAGAUUGCCAUAUAUUUUCCGCUUUACUAACAUUCUGUUCAUGAAACUUGACCAACAACAUAUGUGACAGGCUCAUGAAAAAGGGGUGGCGUGGUGUCUUUUCAUUUUGAAGUCCCGCGUGGGUUAGCUGUCAAACUAGACGACGCUUUAGCCAUGAAGGACAAUUUGAUUCUGGUUCAGAGACUGAACGCGCACCCAGACUCUCGGUGCUGGUUCGUUAGCUGGAGUCCAAACGGGACUCUCUUGGCCUCGUGUGGGGGCGACAAGGCCAUCCGGAUCUGGGGACAAGAGGCUGAGUCGUGGGUCUGCAAGGGCGUGCUGGAGGACCGCCACGAGCGCACCGUGAGGAAGGUGGCGUGGUCUCCCUGUGGGAAUUAUCUGGCCUCUGCUAGCUUUGAUGCCACCACGUCCAUCUGGAAGAAGAAAAAUGAUGAAUUUGAGAACUUGGUUGUGUUGGAUGGGCAUGAGAACGAGGUGAAAUGUGUUGCUUGGGCCCCUUCAGGGAACCUGCUGGCAACAUGCAGCCGGGACAAAAGUGUUUGGGUUUGGGAAGUGGAUGACGAUGACGAAUACGAAUGUAGUACAGUACUGAACUCCCAUACACAAGAUGUUAAACAUGUUGCAUGGCACCCGACGCAGGACGUUCUGGCGUCAGCGAGCUACGACAACAACAUCUGUAUUUACAAGGAAGUGGACGACGACUGGGAGUGUCAGGCCACGCUGCAGGGCCACACGUCCACCGUAUGGAGUCUAUCAUUCAGCGCCACUGGAGAGAUGCUGGCGUCAUGCAGCGAUGAUCGUACUGUCAAGAUUUGGAAAGAAUAUCCUGCUGAAAGUGGUCAAGGUAACAUGUCCUGGAAGUGUGUAUGCACGCUCUCUGGCUACCAUGGACGCGCAGUCUUUGACGUUGACUGGUGUCGUCUGACAGGCGCCCUGGCAACUGCUAGCGGUGAUGACGCGGUGCGAGUAUUCAAGGAGGAGCCGUCGCCUGACCCUGACCAGCCGCUAUUCUCGCUGGCCGCACACAUGCCCAAAGCUCACAGCCAGGAUGUCAACAGUGUGGCAUGGAACCCAAAAGAAGCAGGACUGCUGGUUUCUUGUAGCGACAGCGGUGACAUUGCCAUCUGGAGAUUCCAAGAUUAGGACUAAGUGAGGUCAACAUUAUUGUACAGACCUCUUUGUUGAUAGUCACAAUUCCAACUGUGAGCUCUAAUCUCUCAUUCGUCAUCAUUAAUGUACUUAUGGUCUAACAAAAUGGGGCCCAUCUGACAACGUUUUAGAAAAGGUUCCAAAUGUUUAUAUAAGUGAUCAUGGCAAUACAACUACAACGCUUCUUUUUAUUGCAAUACAAAUCUUAUUAAAAACAAAUGGACUGGUCAAAAUUCA